AUGAAGUAUUUGAAAAAUGAGCCUCGUCGUGUUACUGUCGUGUGUGCUAAGAAGGAAUCAAAUGACUAUGAGUGGCAUGUGCAUGCUGUUAAGUCCAAUAUAAAUGGAUUUUUAUAUAUUAAGAAUUUAAAUAACGUACACAGUUGCAGUGGUUUGAUCUGUGAGAAGAUAAAUAAGGCAAUGGGGUCUAGUUUGGUGUCUUCAGUUGUUAAUGAUAAAGUUCGUAGCAAUCCUUUGGUAAGGCCUAUUAAGUUGAGUACUGAUUUGAAGGAAAAUUAUGGAUUAGAUAUCCCUUAUCAUGUUGCAUGGUAUGGGAAGGAGUCGGCUACUAAGGAUUUACAUGGUGAUGAGGAGUUGUCUUAUGCUCACCUACCUUGGUAUGUGGAUGUUUUGAAGGCCAGCAAUGUUGGAUCUCAUUGUGUGCUUGACUGCGGCAAGGAUGGUUCCUUUUUCCAGGGGAUCUUUAUAUGUUUCAAGUCCUCCAUUAAUGGUUUCCGAUGGUAUAUGCCUAUGUUGUUCAUUGAUUGUACUUUCAUCACAAACAAGCAAAAGGGUACUUUUCUAGGAGCUAUUGCAAAGAAUGAAAAUAAAGAGGUAUUCCCUUUUGCUUUUGCGAUUGUAUCUUAUGAAACUAUGGACAAUUGGAGAUGGUUUUUGCAAGGGAUAUAUGAUGUCUUGGUGGAUGAAGGUAGACAACUUACAUUCAUUUCUGAUAGGCAUGAUGCUAUUAUCGACGGUGACUGUUUUUCAUGCUUCUCCCCAUGA